GACAGAAGUGGAUGGCCUGAGACCUGGAUUCACAGCUUUAAAAGCAGGAGCGGGAUUUUGGAGUUUUGGAUAAUUCUGCCCUUGGCCUGGGGAGAGAUAGAGGUGGAAUAUAACAAGAGUUGAUUUGGAAGUUGUCACUCAGUGAGGAGAGAGGAGCAUUAACAGGGCGGGCUGUGGUUCAGGGGGUCCAGAUGGAAGGCAUGAGGGGCCCGGCCUACACUGGAGUCUGGCUCUAGAGUCCACAGGGGCUCCCACUUCAACAGGACACAUUCCACAGGACGUGUGCCCAUGAGGUCGUCACCACUGGUCCUGCUUCUCCUGAUCGGCGUCCAGGCUGUACUGAACAUGUCAGGUGGAUUGGCCUGGAGCGCUGGGUCAGCCAACCACAGAGUAGGACAGCAGACGGCAGCCAAUCACAGAGCAGGACAGCAGCAGGGAGCAGCAAAGGGCCACAUUUCUGAGCACCAUUCUUCACAGGAGCACCGUAAGACCAGUCACCACAGGACCAAGAGGCCCCAUCGGGCAGCCUCACACACCCAGAAUAGGAGCCCCGUCGUGGGGCACUCUAUGGAUUCUGCCCCUGACCCUUCCAUCCCAGUGGUGGACCCCAAGCUCUUCUCGAAGAGACGUUAUCACCCCUCGCCCCGUGUUGUCUUCAGUGAGGAGAUUCCAUCUCAUGAUGCCCUGGAGGGUGAGAGCUAUGACGUUGAAGGGGUGAGGGGGGUUAGGGUAAGGCGUGGUGCGGGGUCGCACACCAUGCACCGAGGAGAGUACUCAGUGUGUGACAGCAUGAAUACCUGGGUGAGCAACCUGACACGAGCCACAGACUUAGCUGGGAAUGAGGUGACAGUGCUGCCCUUUGUUACGAUCAACAAUGUGGUGAAGAGACAGUUCUUCUACGAGACCACCUGUCGCUCCCCCACUCACAGAGGUUCUGGGACUGCAAACGGGGGAAGACCAGGAGCACGAGGAGGCAAACAGGGCUCAAAAUCUGGCAACUCUGGCUGUUUGGGCAUUGACAGCCGCCACUGGAACUCCUACUGCACCAACUCACAUGUAUUUGUAAGCGCCCUGACCACCCACAAUAAACUGACAGCUUGGCGUUUCAUCCGCAUAAACGCCGCAUGUGUGUGCGUUCUCAGCCGGAAGUCUUGGGCGGGACGACUGGGGCACUGACCCCAGACCACUGAACUCUGAACCAAGAACACACAUUUCUACUAAACAGCCACUGCAGCUUUAUUGCCAAUACUGUAACCCUCCUUCUCAACUGCAAACACACACACACACACACACACACACACAGAUCAUAAAACUCAAUCCACACACUUCACAGACAUACAAACAUCAUCAAUCAGACCCUUUGGCCUCCCUGACCCUACCUCAAUCCCAGAAGUCCUGGUUCUUUAAGUUAUGAGAACUGCAUGUCAUAUUUAUGGUUUAUACAGUGAAAUAUGAAAAUAUAUAUACAGUAUGUUUAAACAUACUAAAUGAAUUCAAGCUUUUAAUGUUGUUGUUGUUAUUGUCUUUGUGUUGUUCAUGCUGUUAUUUAUUAAACAACUCAG